CCAAGAUGUUAGAAUCCAUGAUUUACAAUCCAUGUACCGAAACAGGCCCUUAUAGUAUACAGUUAUCCAUUACAAACAUAAACCUUUCCAUAUUUCUCCACGUUAAAAACGAAAUUUUUCAUUAACAACGAAAUCAUUCGUACUAAUCAGAAAAAAAAACCUAGAAAUUUCGCCUUUAAUAUCACAUUCUCUCUCGAUAAAACCCAAUUAUUCACAUUUUGUAUUCUCAGUGGGAUCACUGGUUCUUUGCGUCCCCUUUCCGUGAAAGCCCGGAAAAAGGGUGUGUAGGAUUUGAAAACCCUAGAAUUUGCAGAGAAUCAAGUUAGAGGUGCUGUAUCGUUGGUAGCCAUGAGUCUUUUGAUGGAUGUCGGCGCUGAUGGAGUUGCAGUGAUGACGAUCUCCAAUCCACCUGUUAAUUCAUUGGCUACUACAAUAAUUGCUGGAUUGAAGGAGAAAUAUGAUGAGGCAAUUCGAAGAGAUGAUGUCAAGGCCAUUGUCCUUGUUGGUGAGGGUGGUAAGUUUUGUGGUGGAUUCGACAUAAAUGUAAUGCAACGGGUCCAAAAGACUGGAGAAAGAUCAACUCCACCUGGCAUCUCUGUUGUACUUCUCAAUGACACUAUUGAAGCUGCUAGAAAGCCCUCCGUAGCAGCUAUUCAAGGUCUUGCACUUGGCGGUGGCCUGGAGUUAGCAAUGGCAUGCAAUGCAAGGAUAUCCACUCCAAAAGCUCAACUUGGCCUUCCAGAACUGACACUUGGAAUAAUUCCUGGGUUGGGAGGUACACAACGCCUUCCAAGACUCGUAGGAUUGUCAAAGGCUAUCGAAAUGAUGCUGUUAUCCAAAUCGAUAACAUCUGAUGAGGGCAAGAAGCUUGGGUUGAUUGAUGAAAUUGUACCUGCUGAUGAGUUGUUGAGAAUAUCAAGAAAGUGGGCUUUGGAUAUCUCUGAGAGGCGCAAGCCUUGGCUAAUCUCCCUUCAUCGGACUGAUAAACUUGGCUCUCUUUCUGAAGCUCGUGAGACAUUGAAAAUCGCUAGGCAGCAAGCAGCAAGAAUUGCUCCAAAUAUGCCACAACACCAAGUUUGUCUUGACGUGAUUGAAGAAGGAAUUGUAUCAGGAGGAUAUGCAGGCGUCGUAAAAGAAGCAGAACUUUCCAAAGAGUUAGUUGUAUCUGAUAUCGCAAGAGGUCUUAUGCAUGCAUUCUUUGCUCAACGGGCAACUUCAAAGAUACCCGGUGUAACUGAUAUUGGACUAAGACCCAGGCCAAUCAAGAAAGUUGCAGUUAUUGGUGGGGGUUUGAUGGGGUCUGGCAUUGCUACGGCUCUUAUCCUAAGCAAUACUCGUGUCAUUCUCAAGGAAGUCAAUUCUAACUAUCUACAACAAGGAAUUGACAGAAUUUCUGCAAAUCUAAAGGGUCUAGUUGAAAAAGGAACUAUGUCAAAAGAUAAGUUCGACAAGUCCAUGUCUCUUGUCAAAGGUGUCCUGGAUUACUCAGAGUUUAGUACAGUGGAUAUGGUCAUCGAGGCUGUUGUUGAAAACGUUUCUUUGAAGCAGUCACUAUUUAAUACGUUUGAGAAGGAGUGUCCUCCUCAUUGUAUUUUGGCAACAAACACAUCUACUAUUGAUCUCAAUUUGGUUGGAGCAAGGACAAAUUCCCACAGUCGCAUAGUCGGGGCACACUUCUUCAGCCCUGCACAUGUGAUGCCCCUGCUAGAAAUUGUUCGGUCAGAGAAGACUUCCUCACAAGUGAUUCUCGAUCUGAUGACUGUUGGAAAGGCCAUAAAAAAAGUCCCUGUUGUAGUAGGAAACUGUACGGGAUUUGCUGUUAAUCGAACCUUCUUCCCUUAUGGUCAAAGCGCAAAUUUGUUGGUGCACCUAGGCGUCGAUUUGUUCAGAGUUGACAGAGUAAUCAGCAGUUUUGGAAUGCCGAUGGGACCUUUCCAGCUCCAAGAUUUGGGUGGAUAUUAUGUUGCGGUAGCAACAUCAAAAGAGAUUGCUUCAGCCUUUGAAGGUCGCACUUUCAUCUUUCCAUUAGUUCAAAUCAUGAUGGAAAAGGGGCGAUCAGGGAAGAAGAAUGGGAAGGGAUACUAUCUGUAUGAGAAGGGGAGUAAACCAAAAGUUGAUCCCAAUGUGCUACCCAUCAUUGAGGAGUCCAGGAAGCGAGUGAACAUAUUGCCUGGAGGAAAGCCAAUAACGGUGAGUGACUGUGAAAUAUUGGAGAUGAUCCUUUUUCCAGUUGUAAACGAGGCUUGCCGGGUUCUGAGUGAAGGAAUUGUUCUUAGAGCAUCUGACCUCGACAUUUCAUCCAUUCUUGGAAUGGGUUUCCCCAAGUACAGGGGAGGGAUUGUGUUUUGGGCAGAUUUAGUUGGACCUGCACACAUAUAUUCCAGUCUCAAGAAGUGGGCUGAGGUAUAUGGUGGCUUUUAUGAACCAUGCUUAUUUUUGGAGGAAAGGGCUAAGAAAGGCAUUCCUUUGAGUGAUCCGGUUGCGUCAAGUGGUGAUGCAAUGUCACGCCUCUGACUCACUGCUUGUUUGUGAAUCCACUCGUAAAUGUGGCGAUGCGGUUACUUCAUUUACUAUUUUCAACAGGUGGCUGGACAGGAAAACUCCAUGGAUUCUCAAGGGUUAUCGCGACAACAGAAGAUAAAUUAUUUGAAAAGCUUGGCUAAUGAUUCUCUUAAGUCAGAGCAUUGUGAGUUAAUUGAAAAAUUAAUUAUAGUUAUUCAGAAAUGUUCUCAAAGGGAUCUCUGUGAGAAUACCGAAAAAAUAAUUAACAAAUUAUCCAAGUAUAAGGAUAUCUCUUUACUUGGAAAAAUAAAUAGAUUUAUUGAGGAAUUAGCUAAA